AAGUACAAUCUCUUAAAGUAGAUUGAGUUUUCUGUUUCUAUGGAUCUGUAUGCAGGAGAAUGAUUAGCGUGCUCUCUUCUGGGACAGGUUAAGGCGUUAUCUUCGCUGUCUGCCAGUGUACCGUACUGCUCCGUAGACCCAACUCGAGAGAAGGGGGAAAAAAAAACAAAAAGUCUUUGAGCAUAGUGCUUUUCUAAGCCUCCAUUCUCACUCUCUCUAAACGUCUCUCUUGGUUUUGGUUUUUCAAAUCUUUUCUUGGUCUGCUGUUUUCGCAGAAAGUCGCUAAAAGUCUCUCUCUUUUCAUCUCUGUUGAGAUGAAUAACCAAGAUCAUAGGAAGAAUCAUACGCCAGGGCAUGAAAGCCACGGAGUUCAUAUUUGUCACAAAUGUGGGUGGCCGUUUCCAAAUCCGCAUCCGAGUGCAAGACACAGGCGUACACAUAAGAAGAUCUGUGGAACCAUUCAGGGGUACAAGUUGGUUGACUCGGAGGCUUCUGCCCAUUCGACUAUUUCUGAUGAUGAGCAACUCUCCGAUGAAGAUCGCAAAACCCCUGCUACCAUCCCACCUUCUAGCAAUUCAGCUAACAGCAGCCAAAUGCAAAAUACUGAAGUUCAAGGAAGUAAUCUGUCUGUAAGGGCCCAACAGUCCCAAGAUCAUGUCUCAAGUGCUACCACUAGCUUCAUGGACAGAUCUUUAACAGAUUGUAGAAAUGAAGAAUCUGUGUAUGAGCCCAAUAAUGAUAAAGGAGGUUCUACAUGUGACUCGAACCCCAACCAACUUGGGACCCAAACAGAUGCAUCGUGGGAGAAUUACGAGAAAACUGCAAGUGAGGAUUUGGCAGAGAGUGAUGCAAAAGGAAAUGAAGGAGCUAAGACUAUAACAAACAAUGCUGAUGAUGACUUGACUGAGAUUGAUACAAAUGCAAAUGAAGAAAUGAAUUUAGAUAGAUGUCUUGUGGAUGCUGAGGUCUCACCCUGUGAUAAUGUAGGUGAAGCAUCUGAAAUAGUAUCUAAGCAAGGGAAAAUAGAGGAUACGACUUCAGAUCCUUUAGCAGCUGCCAGAGUUAUUCAAUUGAAGAAACAAUCUAAUGAUGAGUUAGACUCUAAGAUAUCUUUAAAUGCUCUCCCUCCUGAAGUCAAAUCUGUUGAAAAUGUAAAUACUUCCACUGGUACUGCUCAGGUCAAGGUAGAUGCUGCUCAAGGAAUGGAUUCUGCCAGUUCUGGUGAGUUAAUUGAGUUAAAAAAUGGACAGGGGGAAGGAAAUGACAAUGUCCAUGUGCUUUCAGUUCCUGAUGAUAUACCUGUAGUGGACAAUGCUGAGAUCAUGAUUAGAGGUUUUAAAGAUUUUAAAGGAGGGGCAUUACCCCAAUUAGUAGUUGCAGAUUCAUUCAAAGUAAUUAAUGAUAAGGAUAAUUCUUCCAAUUUUUGUUCAAGCCUAUUGAAUGAAGGCACAGAGGUCUCUGCUUUAGACAUGCAUGUUUUGAAAGAUGACCUUGAACAGAAAGGUGAGAGCAGUGAGCAUAUUGUUGAAAAUUUUCCUGAUGAAACAGAACCUAUCAUGCCUCAGGUCAAGAUGACAGCUAAUGAAAGUCAAAGAACAGAACAGAUUGAUGCCCUUACAGAUGCGGCUGCAACUGGGAUUGAGAAAAACUGUUCUGUUCAAUGUCCUGGAGAACAGCCGCCAAGUGAUUACCAUAAAAGUUCAUCACAGACUAGUUCUGUGGAGCAUGCUACAGAGGUCUUUUCUGAUGUGAAUCCUGUGGCUGUACAACUGAAUUCUGAAUUCAGGCAGACAACCAACUUUGGUGGUGCAGAUGAUGCCGGUGAUUAUGAAAAGGGUAAAAUCAUAAGAUGUGAUAUAGCUGAAAAUGAGGACAAAAGAAUUACAGACGAGAGUUGUACAGAAAACAUUAUAGCAACUUCAGAACCAAGUUCUCUCUCUGAACUCACAGUUAAUGCAGUGACAAAAUCAUUUGGAGGUGAGGAUGCUGCUGAUCAUGAGGGGGGUAAAGUUGAAAGCUACUAUGUAUCAAAAACUGAAACUGAGGAAGGUUAUUCCACAAUACGAUCCAUAGAGGGAAAGCUUUCAGUGAAGACAGCAGUGAUGCCUGAAUCUGCUAAAAGUGUUCAUGAAUCUAAUGUUACCUCAGAAAAUGUAAUUAAUGCAUCUGAGAGAAAUUUAUCAGAAAAUGAAUGCAUACAAUUAAGUAGAGUUUCAGAUCAUCAGGAAGGUGUAAAGGAACUUGAAAGCACUGGCAACAGAAAGGUACAGGUGGAUGGUGCUGAUAGAGCUAGUGCAGCUGCUGAAUCAAGUAAUGUUGGAGAUAAUGAUGAAUUGCAGAAGUCUUCAGAUAAUGUUGGAGACGUUGAGGUAUUACAAAGGCCUAUGGAUAAAAUUGAUGAUGUUGAGGUAUUACAGAAGUCUUCUGAAGAUGUGACAAAAGAGCCUCAACUCUCUCCUUUAGAUACUUCAUCAUCCAUUCAAAAUUGUGCCCCUGUUGGAGAUAAUUCUGCUGGAGAUUUUGUAAGGGUUGUAUCUGAGAAUCGAUCUGAGUCUUCUCCUAAUGAAGGUGAAAGUAAAUUUGCUGCACAACAACUUGGUGCGUCUGCGAUUGACUUUUCUGUUGACUCGGGUAGCCAAACUGAUAGUUUGGAAGGCCAAUGGGGCUCUGCCUCUGCAUCAGUCCUUUCUACCCAGUCAGAUAUGCCUGUCAUUGUUGAUGCUGAGGCAUCAAAUGGUACAAAAGCAUCAGUAGAAGCAGAGAAAGCUGACUUGAAGGAGCCAAAAGCUUUGUCAGAGAGGCAACAUUCUGAUAAAUCUGAUGUUUUUGAGCCUCCAUCAUUCAUGACAUUGGUUGAACCUAGAGAUGGAGACAAAGCUGCUGCUUCUGAAAUACAGACCGUACAGAAUCUGAACCAACCAGCUGGUUGGUUUCCCUCUCUUACUCAUGUCACAAAUGAGUCACAAGGAAGAAAAAAGAACGAAGAAAUAAUUGCCAAGGUCUCAAACUGGAGCACUGGGAAGCAGCACUCUCCUUUGAAGAACAUUUUGGGUGAGGCCAAUAUGGAAACCAAAUCCAAGUCGCCAAAUGCCAAGGAAAAUCCACCGCCAGUGGUUGAAAAAGACGAAAGCAGUGCAAAGGAUAACAAUGCUUCAGCCACAACAGUCAACUCAAAUGUGGGUUCUCAAGUUCCUGUAGCUGAGGCUGUCAAGAAAGAUGCAGGGAAAGAAUGGAAUUCUCCGGCGAGGUAUCCCACAGACAUCAAGAGAGAGAAGAGGAAAGUAAAAGGAAGACCAUAUUGGGCACAAUUUGUAUGCUGCUCUUCUGUAAACUAGGACAAUGAACGUUGUGUUGAUAGUGUCGAGAUACUGAUGAAUAUGGUUGUAUCCCACUGCCCUACUUAUAGUGAAGAUUGUGUUAUGAAUUCAAGUCACUGUUGCAAAUUUAGUUUACCCUAUCAAUAAUUUUGAACAUCAUAUUAUAUAAAGUAUAAAAGUACGUAUAUAAUGUUGCCUUA